UUUAUGACACAUAGGCUUAUGGACGAGUCUGGAAGGAAGAAAACAAACAAGCCAGAGCGACAAAUUAUACAAACUCUAAAAUUAAAAGAAAUAAAUAUAAUCUCUUCCGUUGUAUACUUGGAGAUGUUUCUUUUGAAAUGGGUUUCAAUAUAUCAUUCUUCUGUUAAAAACGGUUGUAAAUGGGACGCAAUUAUUACUCAUGUAUAA